AAACUUGAAUUUUCUCAAAGGAACUUGAUACGUUUAAAAUACAUGGGUUCUACUGAUGAGCCCGGAAGUUCCAUGCAUGGAGUUACCGGUAGAGAACAGAGCUAUGCUUUCUCGGUAGAUGGUAGUGAGCCGACCAACACAAAGAAAAAGUACAAUCUGCCGGUGGACGCGGAGGAUAAGGCAACGGUUUUCAAGCUCUUCUCCUUCGCCAAACCUCACAUGAGAACGUUCCACCUCUCGUGGAUCUCUUUCUCCACAUGUUUUGUUUCGACGUUCGCAGCUGCACCACUUAUCCCGAUCAUCAGGGAGAAUCUUAACCUCACCAAACAUGACAUUGGAAACGCUGGAGUUGCCUCCGUCUCGGGGAGUAUCUUCUCUAGGCUCGUGAUGGGAGCCGUGUGUGAUCUUUUGGGUCCUCGUUACGGUUGUGCCUUCCUUGUGAUGUUGUCUGCCCCAACGGUGUUCUCCAUGAGCUUCGUGAGUGACGCAGCAGGCUUCAUAACGGUGAGGUUCAUGAUUGGUUUUUGCCUGGCGACGUUUGUGUCUUGUCAAUACUGGAUGAGCACUAUGUUCAACAGUCAGAUCAUCGGUCUGGUGAACGGGACAGCAGCCGGAUGGGGAAACAUGGGUGGCGGCAUAACGCAGUUGCUCAUGCCCAUUGUGUAUGAAAUCAUUAGGCGCUGCGGAUCAACAGCGUUCACGGCCUGGAGGAUCGCCUUCUUUGUCCCCGGUUGGUUGCACAUCAUCAUGGGAAUCUUGGUGCUCACGCUAGGUCAAGAUCUGCCAGGUGGAAACAGAGCUGCCAUGGAGAAAGCGGGAGAAGUUGCCAAAGACAAAUUCGGAAAGAUUCUAUGGUACGCCGUUACAAAUUACAGGACUUGGAUUUUCGUUCUUCUGUAUGGAUAUUCCAUGGGAGUUGAGUUAAGCACAGACAAUGUUAUCGCCGAGUACUUCUUUGAUAGGUUUCACUUGAAGCUUCACACAGCGGGGAUUAUAGCAGCAUGUUUCGGAAUGGCCAAUUUCUUUGCUCGUCCAGCAGGAGGCUGGGCAUCUGACAUUGCAGCCAAGCGCUUCGGAAUGCGAGGGAGGUUGUGGACUUUGUGGAUCAUUCAGACGUCCGGUGGUCUCUUUUGUGUGUGGCUCGGACGUGCCAACACCCUCGUCACUGCCGUUGUAUCUAUGGUCCUCUUCUCUUUAGGAGCACAAGCCGCUUGCGGAGCCACCUUUGCUAUCGUGCCCUUUGUCUCCCGGCGAGCUCUAGGCAUUAUCUCGGGUUUAACCGGGGCUGGAGGGAACUUUGGGUCAGGACUCACACAGCUCGUCUUUUUCUCGACUUCGCGCUUCACAACUGAAGAAGGGCUAACGUGGAUGGGAGUGAUGAUAGUUGCUUGCACGUUGCCUGUUACCUUAAUCCACUUUCCUCAGUGGGGAAGCAUGUUCUUCCCUCCUUCCAACGAUUCGGUCGACGCUACGGAGCACUAUUAUGUUGGCGAAUAUAGUAAGGAGGAGCAGCAGAUUGGCAUGCAUUUAAAAAGCAAACUGUUUGCUGAUGGAGCCAAGACCGAGGGAGGCAGCAGCGUCCACAAAGGGAACGCAACCAACAAUGCUUGAUCAUGUGUCAUUGAUAUCAAGAAAUUAAUAAUUUCACUUAUGUGAAAUGGACAUAAACUGUUGGAAAAUAAAGAACCAUUUCUUUCAUCAUUUGCUUU